AUGGCGCUGUUCCUCGCCGGCCCCGUCGCUCGCGGGAUGCACUACGCUACGAGGAAUGGCAUCUCGCGGACGGCAAGACUUACUCUCCUUAACCUCCUGCUCGUGUUGGUAGCAUACGCUCCCUCCAUCCGCGCUCUACCGACACGCCGCUCGCCAUUUGGGUACUCAAUCACCGAGGAUGGCGAGGGCAAGCCCGCCGACGAUCCUCAAUUGUGGGCAUACUUGGGUACGGCUGUGGCUUUGGUGCUUCUUGGAGGCAUUUUCGCAGGCCUUACCAUCGCAUUGAUGGGCCAGGACGAGCUCUACCUCCAGGUCAUCGCAACGUCCGGAGAAGGCACCGAGAGAAAGAGCGCCAAGAGCGUGCUGCGACUGCUCAAGAAGGGCAAACAUUGGGUUUUGGUUACGCUGCUGCUUAGCAAUGUCAUCACCAAUGAGACGCUGCCAAUCGUUCUCGACAGAUCGCUGGGAGGCGGCUGGCCUGCCGUCCUCAGCAGUACCGUGCUCAUCGUCAUCUUCGGAGAGAUCGUUCCUCAGUCAAUCUGUGUUCGUUAUGGACUUCCCAUCGGCGCCUGGAUGUCGCCAAUGGUUCUUGCGCUCAUGUGGAUCAUGGCUCCCGUCGCCUGGCCCACUGCGAAGCUACUCGACUAUCUCCUAGGCGAAGACCACGGCACAACGUACAAGAAGGCCGGUCUGAAAACCUUGGUCACGCUUCACAAGACACUUGGUACGAGCCCAGACGAGCGGCUGAACCAGGAUGAAGUCACUAUCAUCAGCGCAGUGCUGGACUUGAAAGACAAGCCGAUCGGGGACAUCAUGACGCCGAUGGGCGACGUUUUCACAAUGUCCGCAGACACUGUCCUUGACGUAGAUAUGAUGGACACCAUCCUCUCUGCCGGAUACUCAAGGAUUCCGAUAUACCAACCAGACAACCCUCGCAACUUCAUCGGCAUGUUGUUAGUCAAGAUGCUCAUCACUUACGACCCAGAAGACGCUCUACGUGUGCGCGACUUCGCACUCGCGACUUUACCGGAAACUCGACCAGAAACAAGCUGCCUUGAUAUCGUCAACUUCUUCCAGGAAGGCAAAUCUCACAUGGUUCUUGUUUCCGAUUUCCCAGGGGAGCCUUACGGCGCGCUUGGUGUCGUUACACUGGAGGAUGUCAUCGAAGAGCUCAUCGGCGAGGAAAUCAUUGACGAGUCCGACGUCUUCGUCGACGUCCACAAAGCCAUCCGCCGCAUGCACCCCGCCCCCCGAACCCGCGUGCCCAAAGGCGAAAUCAUUCAGGAUCCAUCCACUGCCACAGAAGUACCACCGGAGGGAGGCGAGCAAUCUGGCACGCCUGCCCGUCGCGCGAGUCAAGACGCCAAUGGCAGCCGCAAACAGUCCACGCCCGAGUUUUCCUCUUCGCCCAAACCGACAGCGUUCAUGCUUCGAAGGAGGAGCAGCGGCACUGACAGAAGCCUCAAGCCGCAGGCCGUGAGAAGCAACACCGAUGAACUCAGGCAGCAUUUUAAGCACCUUGGUCCCUCGAACGUCGCCAGCCGCCCGAAAGCAACAAGGAUCUCGACGGUGAGGAUCAAACCCGGACAGGGCGUACCCUCCACGAUACCCGAAAGCUCAGACGCAAAGACCAACGGCCAGAAGCCGCGGCAGAACUCCGAGCCCGCACUGAAAGGCAGUCCGAGCGACACAUUAGUGACACCAGGCAAGGAGGCGAGCGAUGGUGUUCAGGCCGUCGCCGUCGGCUACGGCACCAUGGGCCGCUCAUCUCCAGUAGCAGGCAGGUCGGAGGCCUCGCCUUCCAAGUCCGCUGCCAAGGGACAGACCGAGAUGCAAGCUCCCAACGGCGCCAACGAGUCUCCCAACCCCCAGGGCCAGGACGGCAUAGACGACAGCCCUGUGUCCCCUCACCCACAGCCGGAGAAAAUCGUCCUCGGCAUCGACGGCCGUCCGCAGACCGCGCGGCAGGAAACCGACGGCAGCGAGGACACGGUCGGAAGCCUCAACUCGGACGCGCCGGAACAGGGCCUCAAGAAGCGCAAGACGAACGUGAGAAGCGGAAGCAUCACGGCAAAUAUCACGGAUGUGGGAGGUGUGAAGAAGAUGAUUCUCGAGACCAACUCGAGCUCGGACACGGAGAACGCGCAGCUGCUGGGCGGGAGUGAGGGCAGUGAUGGGAAGGAGAAUACGGAUGGGCAGGCGGAGGAUAAGAAGGGGAAGAAGAAGAGGAAGAAGAGGGCGGGGAAGAAGAAGAGGGGGGAGGAAGGAACGGCGAGUGAAAGUGCGCCCUUGUUGGAGACGGGGAGCACGAGCCAUGGCUGA